AUGGCCACCAACGCUACAGGAGGAACUGCAGAGCAAGGCGGAUAUUCAUUAGCCGGAUCACAAACGAAUAAGGAGGGUGGUGGACCCAACAGAGAUACCUACGUCGCCGAAGGAUACCGCGCCCUCAACCCAAACUACGAAAAGAGGCAAAAUGAGCCAACAUUUAGCUUGGGUUCCAACCUACCGCGUACAGUACGUGGUUGGCAAGGAAAGAAGAAGAAUGAAACUGGAACAGCGCCUGGUGUAAAACCUCGUGAAAAGGGAGAAGGAGAAGCUGCUCCUCAACUUCAAGACACUGAUGAACGCAAAAAGCAUCGUGGAGGCGAGAAGCAAGAUUCUGAACCUUCUGAUGAGCAAAAGCACCAAAAUCACGGAUCUACUCAGAGUAACCAGUCAGGAGGCAUGAUGAUGCACGAAACUAGUGCCCAGGCUGGCCAGGGCGAGAGCACAGGAAUCAUUAGUGAUGAAGCUGUAUUCUCUCCUGGCAAUGACAGUGAUGACACAACACUUGCACCAGAGGACGAGGAGGUUCUUGACGAGCCUGCUCCCUUCAAUUCGUGGGCACUUGUUCGUGCCAAAUUUCAAGAUGCUCUUGGUGAAUGGUUGGGAACUACCAUUUUCGUCUUGAUUGGUGUGAGUAGCAAUCUUGCUGUAGCCACUGGAGAAUCACAACACCCAGGCAUCUAUCAAAACAUGUAUUGGGGUUGGGGACUGGCUGUAAUGUUGGGCAUUUACAUCUCGGGUGGAAGCUCAGGUGCCCAUCUCAACCCAGCCGUAUCCAUUCCUCUCUGGAUCUACAGAGGAUUUCCUGCUCGCAAACUUCCAGUCUUUGUCAUGUUCCAAAUCUUGGGUGCCUUCACUGGUGGCCUCAUCGCUAUUGCCCUCUAUCGUGAUGCCAUUCUUUACAGCGAUGGUGGACUCAUUGGCUCAUCAACUGGAGUUCAAAUCUACACACAACCAAAGGAUUAUGUAAAACCUGCAACAGCAUUCUUCGCCGAGUUUACUGGUACUGCAAUCCUCGUCUGCUCCAUUCUGGCACUUGGUGAUGACUCCAACUCACCACCCGGUGCUGGUAUGCACGCCUUUAUCAUCGGUCUACUCGUCAUUGCCCUCGUCAUGUCCCUCGGUUCCAACACAGGUGGUUGCUUCAACCCAGUCCGAGACUUUGGCCCUCGUCUAGCCGCAAUGGCCAUGGGUUAUGGCACCGAGAUCUUUACCGCCUACCACAAUUGGUGGAUCUGGGGAGCUUGGGGUGCUACAAUCUCUGGCGGUAUCGCUGGUGGCGUCCUCUACGAUACUUGCAUAUUCAAAGGUGGUGAAAGUCCCGUCAAUUAUACACCCAGGAAAUGGCAGGGCAAAGCCAAUGAAGGCAAACUCGACUUUUUGCAAAUGUUCCGCCAACACACUCAAGCUCGUAACCUUGAGACAGCCAUGGAGAAGGGAGAAGUGGAGAAUGGAGGUUCCUAA